UUACCCUUGAUUUUCUCCUACAAGCUUGUUUUGGUGUGAAACGGCGUGAACGUGGAUGUGGACUGAAGGGGAAAGAUAAACAAGAAAUGGCGAGAGAGAAAAAACGGACAGCGCCUUUUUAUUCCAGGAAGUCUGAAAAACCACUGCGUUUGCAGAAAAAGCAGAAGAUAAAAAGAGAGGGGGAAACGACGAGAAAAAAGUGAAGGGAUACGGGAGGGGUAAAAAAUCCAGUAGGUUAACCUUUGCACCGUCUUUCAUAGUUCUUAAAGAAGUCACAAGACGAAGUGUCGUAUAAUUUCGAGAAUGAGUUUCUGAAACUAAGGGGCGUUCGGUCCAAGUGUCGCUACGGUUUGGCCGUUGACUCAUCAUUGAACACAACCCGAGUGGAAAUAGACGGCAAUAGAUGCUUUCCAUCGAUCAAGAUUGAAGGAGGACCACUUUUUAAAUAGCUGAUCAUGUCUGUCCACUUCCAGCCAGGGUCAGAUGCAGGAGUGAAUGGAAACGUUGCAAAGAUGGAAGAUGCAAAAGUGGAGAUCGAUAAUGGAAAGGAGGAGAGUGCACUCCCAGACACUCUUUAUCACAACAUCCAGAGAGCGAUAACUCCGUUUGUCAUGUCAUUUGGAUUUCGCCUCUUUGGAGUGGUGCUGAUCAUCGUGGACUUCGUUCUUGUGAUUGUGGACUUCUCGUUGGCCUCUAAGAGCAGAGAGGUUGCAAAGGCUUUGGAAGCCGUCUCCCUCAGCAUCUCCUUUUUCUUCCUGGCUGAUGUCCUCCUGCGAGUCUAUGUGGAAGGCUUCAAGGUGUACUUCCGCUCCAAGUUGAACAUCGUAGAUGCCUGUGUCGUGGUGUUGACGCUGGUGGUCACCAUGGUCUACACCUUCAGUGAUCUGUCGGGUGUCAGCCUCAUUCCCAGGGUUGUCAACUUCUUUCGCUUCUUGAGGAUAAUAAUCCUUGUGAGGGUUUUCCGACUGGCAGCUCAGAAAAAGGAGUUGGAGAAAGUCACCAGGAGGAUGAUUUCUGAGAACAAGAGGCGCUACCAGAAGGAUGGAUUUGACCUUGAUCUGACGUACGUCACAGAUCGUGUCAUAGCGAUGUCAUUUCCCUCCUCUGGGAAGCAGGCCUUUUAUAGAAAUCCAAUCAAGGAGGUGGCCAGGUUUCUGGACACUAAACAUGAAGGCCAUUACAAAGUUUUUAACCUUUGCAGUGAGAAAGGCUAUGACCCUCAGCACUUCCACUACAGGGUUGAAAGGGUCUUCAUUGACGACCACAAUGUCCCUGCUUUGGAGGAUAUGCUGAAAUUCACAGCGAGCGUCAGGGAGUGGAUGUCUGCUGACCCCCAAAACGUCAUCGCCAUUCACUGUAAAGGAGGCAAAGGUCGCACAGGCACCAUGGUCUGCACCUGGCUCAUCGACAGCGACCAGUUCGAGAGCGCACAGGACAGCCUUGAGUAUUUUGGGGAGAGGAGGACGGACAAGACGCGGAGCUCUAAGUUCCAAGGGGUGGAGACUCCCUCUCAGAGUCGUUAUGUUGGAUACUACGAGGUUAUGAAGAACAAGUUCAACAGACAGCUGCCUCCACCUCAAAGCCUCCGAAUCAAAAGCCUUCGCAUCCACUCCAUAGCAGGUGUGGGUAGAGGUGAUGGCAGCGAUCUGAAGGUGAAGAUAAUCGUGAGGGGGGAGCUGGUAUUUCAGUGCGUGUGUGCCCAACAAGAAAACUGCACAGUGUUUCCUGACGCAGGCAGCAAUGCAGCCGUCAUCAGCCUGCAGAACGGGCCUGUGGUUGAAGGGGAUGUGAAGGUUAUGUUUGAGUCGAGUGCUGGGCUUCCAAAAGGAUAUGAAGAUGUUCCCUUCUACUUCUGGUUCAAUACUUCUUUUGUGGAGCAUAAUAAGCUGUUUUUUCCCAGAGAAGAACUGGAUAACCCCCACAAACCAAAAACAUGGAACCUGUACAAGGAGGACUUUGGGAUCACCGUUUACUUUUUGCCAGUCUAAGUAAAGCAGCUGAAGAAACGUGGAAAAAGGUUUGACGGUGAUAAGAAAAGUCUAAUCUGAACUUGAUAGACUUUGUCUCCGUUUUCUGAUCUGGAAUGUUGCAGAAUCCACCUCUGAGAGGAAUCCUUCAUCCUGAAGUGUUGUCACACAAAAUGUACAUAAAAAUGAAUGUUAUUAAAACAGAUUUAGAUCAUGUGGAA